AUGGCAAAAAAGUCUCAAGAAGUACAAAGUCGAAGAAAAGUGCUUGAACGACUAAUAGAUAUUGUUAUUUUUAUUGGCCGUCAAGGUAUCCCAUAUCGAGGUAAACAUGAAGCAGCAUAUGCUUUAAGAAAUGUCGAAGAAAACCAUGGUAAUUUUUUAGAACUAGUUAUGUUAAAUGCUAAAUAUGAUACUAUUUUAAAUGAACAUGUUAAUAAGUCAAUUACACUUAGUGUAAAAGCUAAUUCUAAAAAAGGUCGUGAAUCUUUGAUUACAUUUAUGUCCAAACAUUUUAUAAAUAAUAACAUAAUUAUACUAAUUGGAGCAGCAAUUCAAGGUACAAUUGUUAGAGAAAUUAAAGAAUGUACUAAGUUUAGUAUAAUGAUUGAUAGCACCCAGGAUGUAAGUGUUAUGGAUCAAUUAGCAAUAUGCGUCUGGUAUAUUUCCCAUGGUGUCGUGCAAGAACAAUUACUAAGUCUGGUUGUUUGCAUUGACUCUAGUGGUAUUGGCCUUUUUAACUUAUUAAAAGAAGAAUUACAAAAACUAGGGUUAAAGUUAAAUGACAUUGUUGCAUGUUCAUUCGAUUGUGCUGCCAACAUGAAAAGUAUUUAUAAAGGUUUACAAGCCCAUUUAAAAAGUGUAAAUUCAAACAUUGUGUAUACACACUGUAAUGUUUUGAAUUUAGUAAUGAGUGAAUAUUCCCACAAACGAAUGGAAACUUUGACAUCUAUUACUAGUGUAAAACAUACUGGUCAUGAUAAACUCUAUAAACUCCAAAAAAUUGGAGCAACUCGUUGGUGGAGUAAAGAUAAAGCUUUAUCUUCAGUUAUGGAUUUACAACUGAAUAUCUUCAAAACCGAUAAAGAAGUUGAAAACACCAAAUUUGCAACUUAA